AUGUCGUGCCUCAACCACCUCCACUCCCCCCUCCGCCGCCUCCUACGCGAAGCCACCCGCUCACCUAGUCGAGAUCUUCCCGCCUUCCUCGUCCCAGCAAUCACAAUCGCAGUGGCCGCCAGACCCCGGAGCACCAGGCCCGCGUCAACGCUCUCGAGCGCUCACACUCCUGCUCCUGGUCCCUCGCACCAGUCCCGGAUCGGCCGCACACCUAUCAAUGUCCCGCCUGAAGUGCAGCUCCGGUUCUAUGAGCUCCCCAAGGGGAACACGCGCAGCCGACAUCCCGACACGCCGAACAUGGCCGUGGAAGUUACGGGGCCGUUGGGCCAAUUGACCGUCCCCCUCCCUCCAUACCUGCACGCGCAGCACGACGAGGCCGCCAGAAAAAUCUCCGUCCGAGUCGACGACGUGGCAGAGAAACACCAGCGCGCCAUGUGGGGAACAAUGCGCGCCCUCCUCCAGAACUCCAUCUCCGGCGUCAGCGAAGGCCACCUCUCCAUCCUGAGGCUCGUCGGCGUAGGCUACCGCGCGACCAUCGAACCCACGGCCACCACCGUCGCCGCGACGUACCCGGGCCAACAGUUCGUCAACCUCAAGCUCGGGUAUGCGCACCCCGUGGAACUGGGUGUGCCGAGGGGCGUUACGGCGUCGACGCCCCAACCGACGCGGAUCCUGCUGCAGGGCGUGGAUAGGCAGGUCGUCAAGCAGUUCGCGGCGCAGAUCCGGAUGUGGAGGAAGCCCGAGCCGUACAAGGGGAAGGGCAUCUUUGUGGAUGGCGAGACGAUCCGGUUGAAGGCCAAGAAGAUCAAGUGA